AUGGACUGUACCUGGGGGAUCCACUUCUUGGUGGCAGCUGCCACAGGGGGCACUCAGGACACGAGGGUUUGCCCAGGACCACCAGCAGGCACUCAGGUCACCGGGGGUGUUCAGGACCACCAGGGGGCGCUCAGGACACCAGGGGGCGCUCAGAACCACCAGGGGGCGCUCAGUGUGCAGUGUGACGUGCAGCUGGUGGAGUCUGGGGGAGGCUUGGCUCCAGGAAAGGGGCUGGAGUGGGUCUCGGGUAUUAGUUGGAAUGGCGGUAAGACACACUAUGUGGACUCCGUGAAGGGCCAAUUUGCCAUCUCCAGAGACAAUUCCAGGAAGUCCCUGUAUCUGCAAAAGAACAGACAGAGAGCCAAGGACAUGGCCGUGUAUUACUGUGUGAGAAAUCCUGUGAGGGGACACAAGUAUCAUAACCAGUACUUCCUCCUGGAGCUGGAUCUGCCAGCCCCCAGGGAAGGAGCUGAAGUGGGUCAGGUGUCCAGUGUGAGGUGCAGCUGGUGGAGUCUGCGGGAGGCCUUGGUACAGCCUGGGGGGUCCCUUAGACUCUCCUGUGCAGCCUCUGGAUUCACUUUCAGUAACGCCUGGAUGAGCUGGGUCUGCCAGGCUCCAGGGAAGGGGCUGGAGUGGGUUGGCCGUAUUAAAAGCAAAGCUAAUGGUGGGACAACAGCCUACGCUGCACCUGUGAAAGGCAGAUUCACCAUCUCAAGAGAUGAUUCAAAAAACAUGCUGUAUCUGCAAAUGAACAGCCUGAAAACCGAGGACACCGCCGUGUAUUACUGUACCACAGACACAGUGAGCCCCACUCCUGAGGGUAAGGAUUCCAUGGCCACAGUCUGGACAGUGGAUGAGCCCACCAGCCCCAGCACUGACCUCCAAGCCAAGCAUGUCCCUGCCUUUGCUGUGGUCUCUAGUGCCAUGAACUCAGCCUCUGUCCUGGGCACCAGCCCAUCUUCCCCGACCUUCACCUUCACCCUCGGAUGGCAUUACUCGCAGGACUGCAGCAGCAUCAAGGCUGGCCGCCGCUCCUCCUACCUGCUGGCCAUCACCACAGAGCACUCCAAGUCCUGCGAUGAUGGACUCAACACCUUCCGCGACGAGGGCCAGGUUCUGCAGCACCUGCCAAACCGCAUACCCAGCCUGCCGUUGCUCCGGAGCUUCUUCACAGACGGGUCCUUGGAUAGCUGGGGCACCUCUGAAGAUGCUGACGCUCCUUCUAAGCGACACUCAACCUCUGACCUCUCAGAUACAACCUUCAGCGAUAUCAGGAGAGAAGGCUGGUUGUAUUAUAAGCAGAAUCUCACCAAGAAGGGGAAGAAAGCGGGCAGCGGCCUGCGCCAGUGGAAGCGGGUAUAUGCCGCGCUGCGGGCGCGCUCGCUCUCACUGAGCAAGGAGCGGCGGGAGCCCAGGCCGGCAGUGGCGGGGGCUGCGGCGGCCGGCGCAGGUGAGGACGAGGCGGCGCCCGUCUGCAUCGGCUCCUGCCUCGUGGACAUCUCCUACAGCGAGACCAAGAGGAGGCACGUGUUCCGGCUGACCACCACUGACUUCUGUGAAUAUCUCUUUCAGGCUGAGGACUGGGAUGACAUGCUGGGCUGAAUCAGAGCGAUCCGGGAGAACAACAGGGCCGAGGGCGAGGACCCCAGCUGUGCCAACCAAGCUCUGAUCAGCAAGAUGCUUAAUGAUUAUCACAAAGUGAGCCAUAGCUCUGGGCCCAAAGCUGAUUCCUCCCCCAAAGGUUCUCGUGGCCUGGGAGGCCUCAAGUCUGAGUUCCUCAAGCAGAGAGCGGCACGUGGCCUCAGGACUCAGGACCUGCCCGCAGGGAGCAAGGAUGACAGUGCUGCAGCCCCCAAAACCCCCUGGGGCAUCAACAUCAUCAAGAAAAAUAAGAAGGCCGCCCCAAGGGCAUUUGGGGUCAGCCUGGAGGAGUGCCAGCCAACCACGGAGAACCAGCACAUCCCCUUAAUCGUGGCUGCAUGCUGUCACAUUGUGGAGGCACGAGGGCUGGAGUCCACAGGCUUUUACCGAGUGCCUGGCAACAAUGCAGUGGUGUCCAGCCUACAGGAGCAGCUCAACCGUGGGCCUGGUGACAUCAACCUGCAGGAUGAGCGCUGGCAAGACCUCCAUGUGAUCAGCAGCCUGCUCAAGUCCUUCUUCCGAAAGCUGCCCGAGCCUCUUUUCACUGAUGACAAAUACAACGACUUCAUCGAGGCCAACUGCAUUGAGGAUGCGCAGGAGCAGAUGAGGACGCUGCGGAAGCUGAUCCGGGAUCUCCCAGGACACUACUAUGAAAUGCUCAAAUUCCUUGUGGGCCAUCUCAAGACCAUCGCUGACCACUCUGAGAAAAACAAGAUGGAACCCCGGAACCUGGCCCUGGUCUUUGGGCCGACACUGGUGAGGACGUCUGAGGACAGCAUGACAGACAUGGUGACCCACAUGCCUGACCGCUACAAGAUCGUGGAGACACUGAUCCAGCAUUCAGACUGGUUCUUCAGUGACGAAGAGGACAAGGGAGAGAGAACCCCUGUGGGCGACAAGGAGCCUCAGGCAGUGCCCAACAUUGAGUACCUCCUGCCCAACAUUGGCAGGACAGUGCCCCCUGGUGACCCGGGGUCAGAUUCUACCACCUGUAGUUCAGUCAAGUCCAAGGUACUUAUGAAGGCAAUUCUGAAGGCUUGA